GCUUAUACUUGUCCGUAUGGUUAUUACCUUCAUUUGUUGCGAGAUAUACAUGAUUGCCGCAAAAGUACCGGAUCCGUUUCUUGGGCCGAAGGACGUUAGGUCACUUUUGAUAUGUCGGGGCGUUGCUGGGUUUUUCGCGCUUUUUGGCACUUAUUACGCACUUCAAUAUCUCUCGUUGGGAGACGUCACUGCACUGGGAUUUACUGGCCCUAUAUUCACGGGAAUAGCAGGCCGUCUGUUCCUAGGGGAAACCUAUUCCAAGAGGGAGGCGGUUGCAUCAUUUUUCAGUCUCUUCGGUGUUGUCUUGAUCGUGAGACCCCCUUUUUUGUUUGAAAGUACUAGAAAUCCAGAGCUCGAAGAACCUGCUGUAAAUGCUGGGGCUGGGAUUAGGUUGCGUGCCACUGCGGUGUUAAUGAUGGGUGUACUGAUAGCCACAUUCGCGAAGAUCACGAUUCGUGCCAUCGGAACACGAGCACAUGCAAUGCACUCGAUGACUUAUUUCUCCUUGUGGUGUGUUAUAGUAUCAACAAUUGGAUUGUUUCUUUCCGGGGAACCCAUCGUUUACCCAACUCAAUGGCAGUGGGGCAUAUUGCUGCUAUUGAUAGGCGUGUUUGGUUUCACUGCACAGAUGUGCCUGACAAUGGGACUUCAGCGCGAGACCGCUGCUCGUGGAGCGAUCGGAGUCUAUGUGCAGGUGAUCUUCGCUAACGUACUAGAGGUCAUUUUUUUCAAAAUUUUGCCAUCUCUCUUGUCAUUAUUCGGGACCGGGAUUAUCGUGGCUUGUGCAAUUUACGUUGUGCUUUCCAAGCAAAAGCAACAGCGGCCCAAGGUAGCUCUUGAAUCAGGAGAGUCCACAACCGAAGAAGGCUUGUUGACGCGUAGAAGUUCGACGUCUGAAGAUUAACCCGGAAAGGUGGAGGGAGGAGAGCCCCCCCAGAUUUAUAUACACUAUGAGCGUCUACUACGCGCUAAGUGAUCCGCCCGGUGGAGUCAGUACUAGUAUGUAGUGAUUAAAUAACCAACGCAUUUCUAAUAUAGUCCUCGC